AAACCGAAUGUAUUCGUGGCUCGCAAUUUAUUUGAAUUUUAUUUUUUUAUAUAUUUAACGUAUUUUUUAAUUAUGGUAGUAAUUAAAAACAUAACGUGCAUAGGUGCAGGGUAUGUAGGUGGACCCACGUGUAGCAUUAUAGCUCAGAAAUGUCCUGAUAUUGUAGUUUCCGUCGUCGAUUUAAGCCAAUCUCGAAUUGACGCUUGGAACUCAAACGUUUUACCAAUUUAUGAGCCAGGACUAGAGGAUGUUGUGUUCUCUUGUAGAGGAAAAAAUUUGUUUUUUUCAACAAAUAUUAAUGAAGCAAUCGAACAAGCUGAUUUAAUAUUUAUUUCGGUAAAUACUCCAACUAAAACCUAUGGACUUGGAAAAGGAAGAGCACCUGAUUUGAAAUAUAUAGAAGCGGCUGCAAGAAAUAUUGCCAAAAUUGCUAGAAAAAGUAAAAUUAUUGUUGAAAAGAGUACUGUACCUGUGAAAGCUGCAGAAAGUAUCAGUCGAAUAUUAAGUGCAAAUCAAACCAAUGAUGUUAGGUUUCAGGUCUUAUCUAAUCCAGAAUUCUUAGCAGAAGGAACAGCAAUCCAGGAUUUGUUGGUACCAGAUCGAGUUUUAAUUGGGGGAGAGCAAACCAAAGAAGGGCGUGAAGCCAUUGAUGCUUUGGCCUCCGUUUACAAACAAUGGGUACCAGAAGAAAGAAUUAUAAAAAUGAAUACUUGGUCAUCUGAGCUUUCUAAACUUGCUGCAAAUGCAUUUCUUGCUCAAAGAAUCUCAAGCAUUAAUGCCAUGAGUGCUAUCUGUGAAUCUACUGGAGCUGACAUUGAGGAAGUAGCAUUUGCUAUUGGAAUGGAUUCUAGGAUUGGAAGCAAGUUUUUAAAAGCCAGCGUUGGAUUUGGCGGAAGUUGUUUUCAAAAAGAUGUUUUAAAUCUUGUGUAUCUCUGUGAAGCGUUAAAUCUUCCUGAAGUGGCAGCAUACUGGCAUCAAGUAGUUGAAAUGAACGAGUACCAGCGCAAAAGAUUUGCAAAUCGUAUCAUUAACUGUUUGUUCAACACUGCAAGUGAUAAGAAAUUAGCCCUUCUCGGUUUUGCGUUUAAAAAAAAUACUGGAGAUACAAGGGAGUCUGCAAGUAUUUAUAUUACCAAAUAUUUGUUAGAAGAAGGUGCACGAGUAUCCAUCUAUGAUCCCAAAGUAACAAUGGACCAAAUCAUGUUAGAACUAACUGAUCCUGAUCUUGGUUUGGACCCUAAAAAAGUAAAGAAACUUGUAACAAUUGCACCUGAUGCCUAUUCUUGCAUAGAAAAUGCUCAUGCUUUUGUGGUUGCUACUGAGUGGGAUGAAUUUAAGCUGUUGGAUUAUAACUUGAUAUACAAAAAGAUGUUGAAACCUGCAUUUGCAUUUGAUGGCCGAUUAAUACUUGAUCACGCACAUUUACAUGACAUUGGGUUUCAAGUUGAAGUUGUUGGAAAGAUCAUUUCCAGUGGUUACCCACAACCUCUUACUCCAACUCUCCCGCCUACAACCUCUUUUUUUUUAAUGAAAGGUCCAGAGUUGUCAUCUAGUAGCCGUGCUCCGCCAACUAUCUAUGGAUAGAUUAAACAUAAAAAUAUUUAGUUUUUUCUAUCAUUUACCAAAAUUUGAUGGAUUAUUUAUGAUUAAAUAUUUUGUAAAAAUUGUUUUUCACAAAAAAUUUUUGAUUUAUUUUCAAUUUUAAUAAUUGUGAUGCAAAAAUGUAACAAAAUUUAUUUCCAUUUUUAAAACUAAGGUAUUUAUUGAUGUUUAUUUAUUUAUUUAUGAAUUUUUUUUAAUUAUGGUGGUUUUAACUGAUAACUUUUAUUUGAAAAUUUUAGAUCAACUUUAAUUUAUUUUAUUUUAAUUUUUUUUAAUGUUUUAUGUUUGAUGAGCUAGUAAAUAGAAGCAUUUUCUAGUAAAAUUUUUGUUUUGUGUAAAUGUUUAACGUAAAUGCUCUAAUUUAUUUGGUAGUGUUUGUUAGCUUAAAUAAACUUUUAAUUUUAUUUUUAACUUGAAUGAAACAAUUUUUUUAACUGAAAGAGAUUAUUUUUCUAGAAUUAUUGAGAAAUUUGUAGAUAUAUUGUUUAAAUUGUAUGGCAUAUACUUCAAAAUUAUUCUUUGUAAUAACAGGAAAAUGUAUUGGAAGAUUAAAGAUGAAUUUAUUACAAUCA